AACGCAAAGAAUAAAACAAUCAUCAUUCUUCGUUUAAGACUGAUGACAACGCCCCACGAUCACGGCUGCGAUUGAGCAUAGAAGAAAAUAAUUAAAGUUCCUAAACGUUUUGCUAAUUGCAUUCAUUUUAAGAAAUGACACAAUGCAGCGACAUUUAAACAACGAAAAGACAAUCAUUUUAAAAAACAAGUUUUCGCAUUUUUUUUCGUUUUAAAAGUGGAAAAAGUGUAAAAGCGAAAAAAAUCAAACACUCAAUCAGAAAUUACUAAAACAGUGUAAAAAGAAUAAAGUACUUUAUUGUAGUGGGUAUAUGAAAAAAAAAACGGUUCGAAAAAGGGUGUUGAAGAAAAAAAACAAGUUGUAAUAAUAAACUGGUGUCGUAAACAUGGGUCCAGGAAAAAGUGCAGUGCAUAAUAUGCACUUGCUAAUUUGUUUUAUUGCAUUUUUUACAAUAAUUUCGAAACAAGCAUCGAUGGUGUAUGCAGAAGAAGUGGAUGUGGAACUGAUGGGAAUAAAUGGUAAAAGUGCUCAUGUUCAUGACGCAUCACUUACGGACAACGGAAACAUUUGGGAUGGUGAUCAAAGCGAUGUGGAAACAUUUUCCAACGUAUCAGCAGGACAAUCGGGAAAAUUAUAUGGCUAUGAUGAUUAUUUGUCAUCAUUAGAUCAAUAUUAUCCAAAUUCAUAUGAUCAAAAUACCUAUGACUAUGAUCCAAACAGUCGUACAGCUCCAACUGAGCCGCCAACACACCACAACGAUGCCAGAGGUUAUACAAUAACACCAGCACGAUUGGCAGAACUACGAAGUCAUUUCCUGUAUUGGUUUUUCGAUAAAGGUGGUAGCAAUGACAUUGGAGAUUUACAAAAGGACAUUCAUACCUCAAAUCCACAACUACAUAAAAACUUCAAUUUCCAAUUACCAUUCUAUGGUUUUCGUUUUAAUUAUACACGAGUAUCGAUGCAUGGAUACUUGGAAUUUUCUGAUCCACCAGAACACUAUACAUAUCCAUUAUCGUUUCCAAUCAAAGAUUGGCCAAAACGUAAUGAUCCAUCGUUCAUUGGGAUUUUCUUUUCGAAAUGCCGCAUUGGACAAAUUUAUCAAACGGACCACGAUCAACGUACGCCAGGUGUUUAUUUCAGGCAAGAACGUGAUUUGCAAACGCGUACUGAUCGAUUUGGUGUUGAGGUGCGUGAACGCAUUAUGUGGGAUAUUCGAGAAGGUGUUGUUGGAGCCGACACAUUUAUACCAAAACAUGUAGUUAUUAUGACAUGGAAAAAUAUGUCAUUUGCUGGCGGUAUCGACAUUGCUUUAUACAAGACAAACUCAUUCCAAAUGGUAUUGGCAACCGAUGAAGUGUAUACGUAUGCAAUCUUCAAUUAUAUCAAUCUGGUUUGGUCAUCGCACACUGAAGCCGGAGGUGACACAACUGGUGGAGAAGGUGGUGUUCCAGCUUUUAUUGGUUUCAAUGCUGGUAACGGAACUCAAGCUUACGAGUACAAACCAUACAGUCAAGCAUCUGUACUACGAGAUCUGACUGGACGUGGAUGGGCGAAUGGUUUUCCAGGCCGACACAUAUUCCGUAUAGAUGAAAAAAUUAUGCUGGGAACAUGCAACAAAGACAUCGAUGCUGCAUAUCUACCGUUAGUGUUUGCACCCGAGUCGGGUAAUAUGUUGGGUGGCACGGUUGUUAAUAUCACUGGUCCAUGCUUCAAUCCAAACGAACGCAUUCUCUGCACAUUCGAUACGGAAAGUGUUGUAGGUCAUGUGAUUGAUCGAAAUCGUGCAAUUUGUGUGCAACCAUUUCUCAUGGCACAAGGAUACAUUCGAUUUCAAAUUUCCAUCGGAACCGAACGAUUCAAGUGGAGAGGAUUAUAUUUUGUUGAAACACCGGCCACAGCAACCGAUCGAAUUUUCUUCAAAGGAAACGAUGUAUACGAAAAAUCACCGAACGAAAUUCGUAUCGAAUGGAAUCGCUUUAAUUUAACAACAAAUCUAAAUGCUGGCAUUACAAUCUCACUUUAUGGAUAUCGUGAAAGGACGAUUGAACCACAACUGGAAUAUAUUGAUAUUUUAGAAGGUGGAACAACAAAUACGGGCGUUUAUAUUAUUGGUACGGGAAAUUACCAUAGUCGUGAUAAUCGCAAACAAGUUGAUAUGCAAUUUGGGUUCAUUCAAAUUAAUUUAACAAACCCUGAACAAUAUUCGGGUCUUCCAAUUAGUCCUGUUCUAUGGUCAAAACCAAUUCCAUUAGGUUGGUAUUUUGGUCCGCAAUGGGAACGAAUUCACGGCCGUAAUUGGCCAAGAGCAUUGUGUGAUAAUUGGAUUCGAAGUGAUCGUUUUUUGCGUAAUUUUGCUGCUGAAAUUCCAUUGUGUCCAUGCACAUUGGAGCAUGCAAUUCAUGACAAAGGACGUUUUAUGCCAGAUAUUGAUUGUGAUCGUGAUUCGAAUCCAUCUUGUUUAAAUCACAAAGGUGCAAUUCAUUGUGUACGAACUGGCCAACCAAAUAUACAGGGUUCAGAGCAACAGUGUUGCUAUGAUCGUGAUGGUUUCCUGUUCAUGUCUUAUGAUCAAAAAUACGGAUCAAGGCCACGUCGAAAUCAUAAUCUUGGCGUCAUGCCAUGGCGUGAAGCCAACAAAGUACCAACAUUAUCUACAUGGUACAAUGAUAUGCGUCCAUACUAUUCGUGUUGUGCUUGGCAAGAAGAACAGGCAAUUGGUUGCGAAACAUUCCGUUUCGAACGUCGUCCGACCCAAGAUUGUAUUGCAUACCAAUCACCGGCAGUAGCUGGAGUUUUUGGCGAUCCUCAUGUUGUUACUUUCGAUGAUUUACAAUACACUUUCAAUGGUAUGGGUGAAUUUGUGUUGGUCCGUGUAAACGAUAGCGCAAUGCCAUUGGAUGUUCAAGGAAGAUUCGAACAAGUUCAACGAAAUAUUCACGGUUCUGUCAUGGCAACACAGCUCACAUCGAUUGUCGCACGGGGAAAUUUCUCAACAACACCAAUUGAAGUUCGACUUCGACCACCGCACGCUCAAUGGCGUUAUCGACUCGACGUUUUUGCCAAUGGACGACGGAUUUACUUUGAUCGUCCCAGUUUAAAAUUCCAAGCCUUUCAUGGCGUAACUGUGUAUACACCAACUUACGUUUUGAAUCAAUCUGAAGUUGUUAUUAUGUUUUCGUCUGGUGCCGGAGUUGAAGUGGUUGAAAAUGCUGGCUUCUUAACAGCCCGUGUGUAUUUACCAUGGAAUUUCAUUAAUAAAACACGUGGAUUGCUUGGCACAUGGACUUGGGAUAUGGCCGAUGAUUUCACAUUGCCAGAUGGCAGAAUUGUUGGUGCAAAUUUGAAUAAUUUCGAAAGUACUCAUCGUGAUUUUGCAAUGCAUUGGAUGUUGGCCGACAGAGAGAAGCCUGGCGUUGGUGCUGCAUUGUUCACACGUGAAUUUGGUCGAACGGCAAGUUACUAUGCGAACGCUACCUUCCUUCCAAACUUUUUCCGUGAUCCAAGAGACUUUUUGCCACCGAAUCGUACGGAAGAUAUCGAACGUGCAUAUGGAUUGUGUGGUGAAAGUUAUCAGUGUCGAUACGAUUAUGGAAUGUCAUUGAAUCGUGAUAUGGCUCAUUAUACGAAAUUCUAUUAUGAUGAACUUGUAAAUAUCAAGGCCAGCAACGAGCACAAAGUUAUAUCGUGCGGUGCAUUGGAACCGCCACGUUUCGGACGAAAAUCAACAUUCGAUUUUACACCUGGUACAACUGUUAAAUUUGAGUGUAAUGAAGGUUUUGUUUUAAUUGGUGAUUCAAAACGAAGUUGUUUGAACAACGGUCGAUGGGAUCCACCCAUUUACGGAUACACUCAAUGUUUACGCGAAGUUUAUUAUACACAACGCUCUGCCUGGCUGGCCACUGGUGUUGUAUUUGCCGCAAUAUUGCCAAUUAUCUUGUGCAUUGUAUGUGGUGUUUAUUGUUAUCGGAAAAAGGCUCGUAAAGUAGAUCCUGGUUGGAAGCUCUCAUUGCCACGAUCACGGGGCGGAUCGCGAACGACAUUGCGUCAUUUGGCAAGCGAUGAAGGUGAUAGUGAUACAUUGAAAAAAAGUAGGUCAUAUGAAAAAGUAUACAGAACACAUGAACCAUUAGAAGGAAAACCGAAUAUUGAAUUUCCAGCUAAAAAAUGGGACCUAGACGAAGAAGAUUUCACAUCAUCGGAAGGCGGUAGCGAAUUUCCACAAAGGCAAGUAGCAAAGGAUGUCAACUAUGGAGAUGAUACGCCACAACAACAGCAACCCGAACGGCAAACCGGUCGACGAAGUCAACAACGACAUGAAUUACAACAUCCGGACACAAUACAAGAAGAAAGUUACCUAACACGACCGACCGACAUAUCGCCAGGCUUUAGUCCCGUAUAUAGUGGCUAUAGUGGGGCUACCACUGCCAUAGCACAAAGUCGUACACCAAGUGGUGGUGUUCGUGUUUUGCCAUCAUCAAAUCGAUUUUUCUCCGACAGUACUGGAUCACCAGUGUCAAGUGGAUCGCCAGUUUUAACACAAAAUGUAGGCCUUCCAUCGCCACCAUUGAACAAUCGUUCAACAGAAGUUUAAAUAUAAGCAAAUAACAAAAGUCAAAUAAGAUGAACAAAAAUAUAAAUAGAUACCGUCAUUAGUUUUUAAUUAUCGUAUAUAAUAUACAAAAAAAAAAAUUUGAAAUACAUGCGCAUACAUCAGUUUGUACAAUUUAGGGUGUUUCCCAUAUCUUUCCGACGAAAUCAACGACACAGUUCCAUGACCCGAUGUCUACAUUACUCUUUAAAGCACAUUGAUAAAAUCUAUUUUCAUGUCAAUUCGAAGCGACAACAGACUUAAAAUCCAAUGAAUUAUACCAUUAGCCGUAAUAAUAAAUUUACAAUGAAUGUUCAAGAAAAUAUCAAAAUAAAUCAUAUAAUUUGUUUUUGUAUUUAAUGA